AUGAACUGGUAUUCCACAAUUUGGUAUUGGUGGAGCUUCUAUUCUUUUAUUCCUUUGGUGCUUUUGACCCUUUAUCGUUUAAGAAUCCAAGAAAGUGUAUUCACAUUGAAUGAGAAGGCUUUGAAGUCUUAUACCAUUGACACGAUAUUCCGAGUUCUAUUGAGUCCAAUGAUAUUUUAUUACAGUUUAGACUCUAUAUAUAUAUUAUUCUUUUUUUAAUAAAUUAAAAUUAAUUUUUUAUUCCUAAGUCCUGUUUUAAUUAAAAUAAUGCACUCAAGGCAAUUAUUUUGGAGCUAAACUAUUUUAUAAAUGUAUAAUGCAAUAUGACCGCCUAGAUGCUUGCAAUUUUUCGUUCCUAGCUCAUCAUUUGAUUACUUUAGCUGGAUUACCGACUGCUAUGUCACUCCCUUAUUAUCCGUGGUUUGCCAUGGCGCCAGUUACAUGGCAUGGUUUAUUAAUUGUCUAUCCUCAUGAAACUUGGCUGAAUUAUCCUUACUUAGCUAUUUUACUCCUAAUGGCCUACGGGAUAAACCAAAAACCAUGGAAAGACCUUCCUAUUUAUCAGUCGCUUGGCAAGUAUGGCUUGGCUUUGUUACCGACCUUGGCGGGGCUUUGGCUUUUUAGUUGCAAAAACGAUAUGGCCAAUGUCCUUUAA